CAUGAACUUGAACCAACGAAAUUACGUCGCCACGAACCAGGAAAAUGUUUGCUAUCCACAAACAUUGACCCCAUGAAUAAAAAUGAUUCCACAGUACUUACCUACUUACAAAACAGCAAAUAUAAUACAAUCAAAAUCAAGGAGUAACUAUGUACCAUCAUAAUCAAGAAUUAAUUUAGUAAAAUCAGAGUCCAGGAGAAAUUUAGUAAAGUCUUAUGGAAGAUUAAUACAGUGAGGAUCGUGGAGUAUAACAUCAGUCAUUGUGUUGUAAUUCAGUACAUGUACUAUCAAACAAACAGUUGUACUAAUACAAAGGUACAGCUAGGACUCUGAGAAUUAUAAACUGUACAAAUAAUACUGUGAUUAGCGUAUCCUCAUGAUGUUAUCAUCCCAAGCAGAUGCUAUUGUUACGGAUUGAAAUGAUUCAAAUGAUAAAAAAUAUCUGUUUUUGCUUGUCAUCUAUGCAUGAGAUGAUGAACACUAAAAAACAAAUGAAAUUCAGCAUGGGAAACUCAUUUUGAACUGACAUAAUUCGCCCAUUGUUUACAAACUGCGCGUGUGACCUGGAAGUUGAAUGAUGGGAUGACGUAUAAGGAUGUGUGAGCGAUAAAAAGGUGACGGACCAGUCUCUUAAGAUAUCCUAUACAGCUCAGCUGCAGUGGAUCACUUAGAUGUUCAGGCCUCAUUCAAAUCUAGGUUGACCAUUUUUUUGUGCAAGGGACUUAUUUUUCUGUUGAUUUGAUGCUCAUCAAUAUGGCCCCUAGACCAGGCCAAGACAGUGCCCAGUUGGACCAUAUUCAGAGGGGUGAUACUCGUAAUAAAAAGUCUGUGGCUCCAUGGAAGCGUCUUCAAUACAAAGUUCAAAAGCAGGUUUCGUUUGAGGAACCCUGCAUACAAAAGCAGGUUUCGUUUGAGGAACCUUGCGAGUUUGAGGAUCUUAAUGAUGAGGUCCCUGUGUUGUUCAGUUCCAUCCAAGAGGCGUCCAGACGAGACCUGUUUGUGGACAUGGGAGAGAGCAAAAUGAACGAACCAGCCAAAGCUUUCUACGAAGUCCUGUACCUGGGCAAGGCCAAGUUAAACACCAAGAAAAUUACCUGUGACCAGGUUGACAAAAUGUGCAAUCGUCUUGAUAAACAAAGAAUGGAAAGAAAGUUAAAACAGAGGGAGUCUGAGAUGGAGAGAAAAAGGCACGGAAGUGGAGUUAGUGUCAGAAGUCUGCCUCCAAAUCUUGAGGGAGCGGUGACUGUCACUGAAAAUGACCUGGAGAAACAGAUUCUGAACUCUGGGCCCCACACAGACAGUCCAAACAACAGUACAGAUGAGUUCAGCUCCUCAGAAAAUGUUUUGGAGAACUCCUCCGGCAGUCUGGCAAAUUCAUUUGGGUUGUAUUGUUCUGAAAACUCUAAAGAAAGUCUUGGUGAAUUAUCAAAUGCUGGAGGAAACGGAGAAGGGACUUCCAAAGAUGCACACGUGCAUUUCAACGAAGCCCACGACAGUUGUAGUGAAAGCAAUGGUGAUCCUAACAGAGCCAUGCUUUUCAGGCUCGGCGGAAGUGAGAUUUCUCUCAUUAGUUUGGACAAGAAGCAUACCAUACUGGAGAAAAAGUUCAAGGACAUUGCUUCAGUUUCACAGGGAAAGGAUAAAUCGGACACUUUUGGGUUCAUUGCUCGAGAGAAAGGGAAUGUAUUUGUCUGCUAUCUAAUGAAAUGUCACAAUUUUACAAUAGUGGACGAGAUAAUGAUGGUUCUGAGGUCAGCCUUUCGCAGUGCCUUUGAGCAGCGACAACAGAUCUGCAUUAUGUGUCCCCUCCAUCAGCUUCAUCGCCUCUGUCAGGAAAUCAAUGGUCUAGACCCUCAGGAAGCUCACAAGCGAUUGAUGGAUUGCAUACAGAAUCUACAGGAGGGGGAUUCUGGGCCAAUUCAUGCAGUCUUAAAGACUGAAAACCCACAGAGCUAUGAGGAGAUGGUAGAAGUUUUGAUGAUAGAACUGAGGAAACUGUGUGAGCUGAAACAACAGGACCACUCCCAUAUCUCUGAUCCCAACAAACCCCACUUUAACAAAGAGUUCAGCUUGUUUGAGAAUCGUCGGGCCAGUGUAGGAGCCGCCGCCUUUGGCAAUAUCAAGAAGAGCUUGACCAACUCGUUCGAGAAGGUCAUGGCCAAAGUUCCACACAAAAAGCCUAACGAGGCAUUAGAGCGCUUCCGUCAUCGAAGUGGUACCGCAGACAGUGGACAAAAAAGGCCAAGUGAGGCAAGAGACAGGUUUCGACAUCGGAGUGGAACAACUGAAAGUGAAAGUAGCUUCUCAAAGUCCAUGGAAUCUUCAGUUUGCUCCACCCCUGAUGCCUCACCCAUGCCCUCUCCAGCAGCCAUUAAAGAGGUCCACUUCAGCUUUCCUAGUCCCCCCUCAUCACCCAAAUCUCGCCCCCGCAGUUCUACAGAGGGCGCAGUGCCUGACCCUGGAUUCGCCUCUAAGUUGAUGAACAGCUUACACUCUGACAAAUCCUCAGAUUUCAAGGAACAUUCAGGGCGCAGAGCAAGCAUGAAUAGCCCCAUGAAACAGAUGUUCCUGCUGUCAGAGUGUGGUGGUUCCCCGAGCAGUCAGUCCAAGCGACGACAGAGUGCCGCCCCCACCCUCCAACAUGGGGAGGAUGGCACACCCCACUCCACCAGGCGUGGGUCAUGGAGACAGGCCAUCUUCAACAGAGUGGUCACCCCAGCCCGAGCCACAGACAAACCUCCCACUGUGUUAGAAAAAUCAGAAGCUGAGACUCAAAAUGCAGGCAGAAUCCGAAGUGGGGAAGAACUGCGGGCUUUGUGGAAGAAGUCAAUACAGCAGACCAUACUACUGCUGAAAAUCGAGAAGGAAAAACAGGACAUUCAAAAAGUGUUUGUCCUGAGGGGACGUCGGUCAUUGAAAGUUUUCCCAGCUCGACAACAAGAGGCUGAGAUGUCACCCAUUUUGAACUAUGAGGAGAUAACUCCGUGUCUAAGGGACGUAACCAAGGAGUGGGAGGACAUGAUCAACGAUUCAAACAGGCCUCAUAUUCAGUUCAGUCAUCAGUCCCUGCUCAAAUGUGUUCAACAAGGUGUUCCUAAAGCCCAUCGGGGUGACAUCUGGUGGCUUCUGACAGAGCAACACAAGCUUCAGUAUCCAGGAGUUGAGAACCAGACUCCUACCAAACCGUACAACGAACUGCUGAAGGACCUGACAGAGUACCAGCACAACAUACUGAUAGACCUAGGACGGACAUUCCCGGGACACCCCUACUUCUCCACACAACUGGGGCCGGGACAGCUGGCCCUGUAUAAUCUGCUGAAGGCAUACAGUCUACUGGACAAGGAUGUGGGCUAUUGCCAGGGACUCAGCUUCAUUGCAGGGAUACUGCUCAUGCAUAUGGAGGAGGAGCUAGCAUUUGAGACACUGAGGCACAUGAUGUUUAACCUAGGUCUGAGGAAACAGUUCCAACCCAACAUGAUGCCGUUACAGGUACAGCUGUACCAGCUAACCAGGUUGAUUCAUGACAACUACAAGGACCUACACGACCACUUUGAGGAGCACGAGAUCGCCCCCAAUCUGUACGCCGCCCCCUGGUUCCUGACUGUAUUCGCCUCACAGUUCCCCCUGGGCUUUGUGGCCAGAGUCUUUGAUUUACUGCUGAUUCAAGGUGUGGAGAUCCUGCUGAAGGUCGCACUGGUGUUGCUAGGCAACCACAAGGAGCUGAUCCUGCAGUGCGAUUCAUUUGAGACAAUUGUAGAGUUCAUUAAAACGACUCUGCCAGAAAUGGGAGUUAUUCAGAUGGAGAGAGUGAUUAAUCAGGUGUUUGAGUUAGAGAUAAAUAAACAGCUCCAGGCAUAUGAAGUGGAGUAUCAUGUCCUUCGUGAAGAGAUGCUCUUCUCUCCUCAACGAGGAGACACAGACAUGUAUCAGAAAAUCGAGGAUGCUAACCGUAAUCUGAAACAACAGAACAUGGAACUGUUGGAGAAAAUCCAGCACAUUCACAGUCACCACAGAAGCCUGGAAAUCACCAUCCACAACCUGCAGACAAACGAGUCCAAGUUAAAGAGCCACAUAAAGACUCUGGAGCUGGAGCGGAAAGCUCUGUUGAAUGCCGUCACCAAGCUACGGUCGUUGGUUCCGGACGACGAGUUUGUGAAGCUGGACAUCUCCCUUCCUCCCCUGUCCCCCAGUCUUUCAUCCUCCCCCAUCCAUCAGCCACACUCCAAUAACUCCAUCCGUGGUGCUAUUAAGAAGGCUGUCACUAAGAGCCUCAGUUCCCCACUGUCAGAGCUGGGCUCCAAGCAGUUCCAGUUUGAGUGAUGAUGUUUGUGAUAUGUAUAUUUAUAAGAGAGUAUUUCGAAGGAGGUGACUUAAAUAAUCCCACCCUCCCACCAUAGAGGAAUAUAAGGGAGAGUACAUCUAUGAUUAUUUAAGUGAUAGUCUACUUGAAAGUCAGAGGAUUUUACUUCUAGUCACAGUAGUGGGGACAAUUGUAAGGGGAACUAACUGCUGGUAUUUUAGGAUCCAGGUUUCUAGUACUCUUUUGUGAUAAACAUUCCUAGAUUAAACACACUCCCAUUUUACAGUGAACAAAAUUUGUGAACCUUGAUAAUUUAAUUUGUUGCUGUGUCAGAACAAUACUGUGUAAUCUAGUUAUUGGAGUUUUGUAUUGAUCUAUAAUUUCUCAUGGAGACUACCUUUAAUUGAUUACCCCCCCCCCCCCCCCAUUUCUUCAUUAGAAAUAAGUGCAGAAGGUCUUAAAUUUUUAUAAUGAUGUCUUAGAUACUUAUAAUACUCACUUUAGGAAUCACAAAGGAAGAGUUGAUAAUACUCUGUUUACACUUAGAAACACGAGACAAAUGCUGAUCUCUAUUGCAAUGCAAUGCAAAAAUUUUAUGUGUAGUACUUACAAAAAGAGAAUACUGGUAGAUAGUAGGCAAUAUUGUGAAAGGUUUGUGUACAUCUGAAACAAUGAUAAAACUGUUGCUAUGGAAACAACAAUAUACUUAAUUACAAUGUGCAGUGGAUGUCAACGAUGCUCUUUCAUUUGUUGUUUAAAGCUGGCCAUUUUGAUAAUUUCUGUAAUGAAACGGAAGAUAGUUGCAUCAGGGAGUUUAUACUCUAAUGAUAGUAUCGUACAUUCCACGACAACCACUCAGAGAGUAUAAAACAAAUAAUGGCCAAAAGGAAAGAAAAAUGUUUUUAUUUCUGGUUAUGAUUCAUCUUUCCAUAAUGAUAUCCUCAUUUUGUGUCUGAGUGGAAUUUCUGGUAUUGGGUUAUGUAUAUUCAGGAUAUGGUACAGGAUGAAAUCUCCACUUUGUACUUGUGCUGCUGUACAAAGAGCCUCUCCAUCCUUUGUAUGGAUCUGUGUCCAGCUUUGGUUGUAUCGUUAUGUUUAUCUGGAAUCUCGAUAUAUUUCGUCCAUUUUCAUGAUUUUUGUAACAAAAAAUUUUACAAAAAAACUUGUUCAUUGAUAUUCAAUGAACAAGUUUUUUGUAAAAUUAUCAUUAUUUAGUGUAUUUGUACUUCAUAAAACCAGAACAUGUUUUUCUGUAUGAGUGCAAUACAACUCGGAUUGAAAUUUGUGUCAAAAAUUGUGACUUUGUUUGAAUAUCCUUAUGGGAUGAAUGUGAGAGUGAAAGCAUUGAGUAAACGAACAAAUGGUUUUUGAUAUCCUGCUCAAUGAUCUUCCAGUAUCUGUAGAAUUGUUCACUGUGAUCAAUGCAAGUAGUCAUCCGUGGAUGAUGGUAGAAUUUGUUUGAGUUUGACAUAUGUUAAGCUAAUGUAUUGUUCUAAGUUCUAAAUGUGUUGAACAAUGAUAGUAUUAAUUUGUGCAUUUCUUAACAGAACGUAAAACACAAAGCUUCCUACUUUGUGUGAGUUCCUGUCUUUUUAGUCUAUUCAAUGAAAUAAACAUAUACAAGCAUCACAAGUCCUUCCGUUCUCUGGUUCCUGAGACUUUGCACAGCUAGUCAUAAUUUGGAUUGAGUCAGUAUUGUGUGAUCAGUACUAAUAGUACAGAUUAGUAAAUGUACUAUACAAUGAUGUCAGAGCAAUACUAAUAGUUGUGCUAGUGUCAGAUUAAUUAAUACAAGUACAAUUAAUUGUACUGAUUUAGAUCUCUAGUGUUAUGAGAGUCAUUGUUUUGUUAGGAAUUCCUUUCCUUCAUUGUUCAUAUGCUCUUUAUUUUUCUUUCCACUUUUAAAUGUAUUUGUUUUGUUCAUUUAGUGCUUUUAUGGUUUUUAUAAGUGUAUAUUCUAAAUCAGUUACCUUUUAUUUACAAAUAUAAGCUUGCUGUGCAAUCUAUUGAUCUGAGACCUGCUAGUUUCAGUGUCUCUAUCUGAGACUCUUUGUUUUGUCCAUACAGUACCUGUUUUUCCUAAAUGUUUUGUCAUUUUUCUCUGGAAACAACAAGAAUCUCCAGAAAAAUUGUUGAUAUUAUAUGUUUAUGUGAACAGCUAUGUUUUGGUAGUGUUUAAAAAUGCUUGUUAAAAUUGCAUUUUAAAUUUCCAUGUAUAGCAUUAUAUGGAGACCCGAGUAUAUAAAAAGUAAAACUAUGAUUUACUGUAUUCUUUAGGUCUGACAGAAGGCUCUCUUGCCAUGUUUCUGUCUUUAUAUUCAACUGUAUGUACAUCUUUCUCUGCUCAACUUGUUUCCUGUCUAAAGAGACCUUACUCAAAACAGAAAAAGUCAUUUGUCAUGUCUGUGUUAAAAAGUUCUACAGGGGCAAAGUAAACGUGUAUAGAUAAUGUGUCAUUGUCACAGGAAUAAAAAAGCAUCUCAUUUAU